AUGGCUAGAUCGCGCAGUAGGUCUUCAGUGGACCGGCGUCGGUCUAGGCAUCGGCGCUAUCGCUCCCCAUCCAGGGACAGGCGGAAACGUGAUAGAGACCACGAUCGCUCUUACAGAGCCGGGGAUCGUCCGCCCCGAAAUAGCAAUCGGUCAGAACAUCGACGAAAGCGUGACAGUUCCUCAUCCCAGUCAAAUGACGAAGAAAAAAGACUAAAGAAAUCCCAUUUAAGGGAUAUUGAUCGAAAAAUCAGGGAGGCUAGGAAAAAGGAGGAAUAUGAGAAAAGAAUGCUGGAGAUGAAGGAGAGAGAGCGCCGCGAGCAAGAGGAGCGAGAACGCGAGCUUGAGGCUGCACGUCAGUUGGAGGCGCGAGUAACCGAGGCCUUUGAGGCCGCUCUGGUCGAUCGGGCAGCGGACUUAAAAACUGAGUUAGAGCGUCUCUAUCAGGCGGAGUUAGAGAAACGAGUGCAGCAGCGGAUGGAGGAUAUUGAACGCGAGAUUCAGCGAGCGCAUGAGGAGAAGCGGCGUGUCGAGCGAUUGUCAGUUAUCAACUUGGACUUCGUUUUUAUCACGGGUCUGGUAUUAUUUUUAUGA